UCACGCCCACUGCGACCAAUCACAAAGACCGCACCGUACCACGUGGCAGUGCCAUCUUGUUUGCGGGCAGAAGGGAUUCACACCACGUGGUUUGGUGGGCGAUGCCAUUUUAAUUAUGGGCAGGAAAGGCUCAAGCCACGCGGUCUGCAGACGUGGCCAUCUUCCUUGUGGGCGGAAGUGCUCAGCCACCGUAAGCCGGCUGCGCUUGGUUUCCUUUAUGAGGAGCCUUUCGCUUUAUCUUUGCUGGUCUCUUGAUCAGACUGGAAGAGCUGGUGACUUAUGUAACGCACCAAGGGUCUUCGACUGCUUGCUUGUUGGCAGAGUUACCAGGCACAGGAUUCAUGCCUGCACGCUGCCUCAAAGCUGGCAGGUCAGAUCAACCCCCAGUCUGUCCCAUGAUGUAAUCAGCUUUCAUUCAUUGGUAGCUGAUGAGGGCCGUGUAUCACAAUAUCAGUCACGCUGCGUGGCACCAGUACGGGACAAGGAUGCCUCAGAAGAGUCUCCCUCAGUUGACGUUUGGGCAAGAAAAAAAGCUCCAUCACUACUAUGAGAUGAACAUCACGUUGUAAUGAUCCACGUUAUGGGAUCCCCUUCUCAAAUUAUUUUACCCAUUUGGAUCAUACGUGUAAAUGGCAGCUUUAAACCCAGGUCCACAUGGCUGUUAAACAUACAGAGCUGCCUGGAUACCGCCUGCCUAGCAACGAGGGACAUGAGCACUGAGAUGGAGGCCACGACCCCGCAGGAGGAGCCUGGGCAGAGCAAAGUAGGACUGGAGAUGAAGACAGAGACUAAAGGACUGUUCCCGACUGCUGUGUCCAAAGAGAAUCUCCGGGAGAGAUCCCUGCGACAGAUCUUUGGGUCCAGCCAGACUUUGCGAGACCUCAAGGACCCCAGCGGAGUGAAGUCCCCAACAGCGAUUGUGCGGAACAGGAUACUGGAGCACUGUCAGAGAGGGAAGGAGUUCUUCUCCCAAGGCGAGUGGGAGAAAGCUGUCAUUUGUUAUUCUAAAGCCAUUAACCUGAACCCCCAACAGGUGGAGUUCUAUGUACAGAAGGCAGAAGCCUUUCUCCAGCUCUGUGAUUUCCAGUCUGCUGUGCUGAACCUCAGAAAGGCGUAUUCCUUAUCCUCUGCAAAGGAAGAAUAUGUAAAGCGCAUGGCCUUCAUUAUUUACCUGCAGGGCCAAUGUCUGUUUGACCAAGAGGUCUAUUGGGAUGCUUUGGAGUCCUUCACUCGAGCCUCAGAGCUGCAGCCUGACAACUCACUCUAUCGCAGGAGGAGCAUUGCCUGUCUCGCAGCCCUGAACAGAUACCAUGACUGUUUUCGGCUCGUCAAUGAAGAGCUAGAUCAAGACUCAAAGAACCCAGAUCUGUACAUCCUGAGAGCCAAGCUGCAUGAGCACUUCAGUCGGGCUACCCUAUGUUACCAGGACGUCCAGGAGGCCAUUGCGCUAGAGCCGCGGCACGAAGAAGCUCAGCUUCUAAUGCAGAGGCUGCUGAAACGAGCACAGAAAGCCAAGAACCAGGCUAUGAAUAAGGCCCUGAAGGGAAACCUGAAGGAUGCCCUGCUCAAAAUCACCUUUGCCAUCGAGAACAGCCCCUUUGAUGCAGGAUACUUAAUCUUCAGAGGGACUCUACACAGAAGGGUCAAAGACUUCAACUCAGCCAUUGAUGAUUACAUCAAGGCCACAGAGCUCUGUGAAGAAGAGGGAGCUGUGGCCAUGGAGGCGCAACGGCAGCUCCUGCUCACGUACAACGACUUUGCAGUGCACUGCUAUACUCAGGGCUUCUUCGAAGAGGCUGUGCUGCUCCUCAACAAAGCCCUGAAAGGGGAGAAGAAUGAGAAGGGACUCUAUGUCAACAGAGGAGACUGCCUCUUCAGGCUGGGAGAGCUAACCUUUGCCUUGGCCGAUUAUCAGCAGGCGCUGGAAUUGAGUCCAAUGGACUUUAGUUUGCGAAGACGCAUUGGUAUGUUGCUGGAUGAACUAGGAUUGCAGGAGCACAAGCAGAGAAAGUACCAGCGGGCAGUAUACUGUUUCUCUGGUGCUAUCGAGAGCAACCCUCGCCUGCCACACUAUUACCUGCACCGGGCCAAGAGCCGCCUGUUCCUGCAGGAUGAGAUGAGUGCUAAGGAGGAUGUGAUCAUAGCUCUGUUGCUGGACCCUGAAAAUGAUGCGGUCCUACCUGUUGUAACCAGCCUCUUUCCAGGACAGGCCAUCCAGGAUAUUAUUAGCAGCAAGAUUGCAGAGGUUGCCAAAACAAUCUUGGAAAGAAAGCUUCAAGCCUGCUCGUACUCCAACAGCCCAGCUAAACUCAAAUGGCCGCCUGGAGCUCUGGAGGAUGAACCAAAGGAACCAGGUGCUCAGAGUGAAGAUCCCGAGAGAGUCCUGCAGGAUUCAGAGAGCGUCAUCAGCCCUUGUGCCACGGAACAUGAACUGUACAAGCAGAUAGCUAUCUCCAGAAGGACAGUGAGUAAAGUACGUGAACCUGUCUUGGAGGAGAAAAGGUGAGAAGGCAGGAAAAGUCAAUACAAAAACUGCUCCAGCUUUAUGUUGGAGACAGCACCUGAGCUGCCUGGGUUACAGACACUAAGCUGUGUUUCAGUGGAAAGUAGGUGCAUUUAGACUCCUUUCCUGCUACCUCAGCUCUAAUAAAUAUAUUGCUUCUCUCGCUUCA